AGAGAAACAGCAAUGGCGACUAAUGGAGAGGAACAACAACAACAACAAACCACUCAAGCAGGUAGGCAUUCGGAAGUUGGCCACAAGAGUCUUCUCCAGAGCGAUGCCCUCUACCAGUACAUACUUGAAACCAGUGUGUACCCAAGGGAGCCAGAGUCAAUGAAAGAGCUUCGUGAAGUGACAGCCAAGCACCCAUGGAACCUCAUGACCACCUCUGCAGACGAAGGUCAGUUCUUGAACUUACUCCUCAAACUCAUCAACGCCAAGAACACUAUGGAGAUCGGUGUUUACACUGGAUACUCUCUCCUCGCCACUGCUCUUGCUCUCCCUGAAGAUGGAAAGAUUCUGGCCAUGGACAUCAACCGGGAGAACUUCGAAUUGGGUCUGCCCAGUAUUCAAAAGGCUGGAGUAGCUCACAAGAUUGAUUUCAGGGAAGGCCCUGCUUUGCCCGUUCUGGAUCAAUUGCUCGAGGAUGGGAAGCAUGGAACAUUCGAUUUCGUCUUUGUGGAUGCAGACAAGGACAAUUAUCUGAACUAUCACAAGAGACUGAUAGAUCUGGUUAAGAUCGGAGGUGUGAUCGGUUACGAUAAUACUCUCUGGAACGGAUCGGUGGUGGCGCCGCCAGAUGCUCCGCUCCGUAAGUAUGUCAGGUAUUACAGAGAUUUCGUGAUGGAACUCAACAAAGCCCUUGCUGUCGACCCAAGAAUCGAGAUCUGCCAACUGCCCGUCGGCGAUGGAAUCACCAUUUGCCGUCGUAUCAGUUGAUGCGCCAUGACAAGAGAGUUUGAAAAAGAAGAUUUGUUUCUUAAUUUCCCUUUCUG